CCAUUUCGUUGUUCCAUUUGUUUUGAUGUGACGCAACGCCCUAUAUGAUGUAACGGAUGUAACGUAAGUUUGUUUCAUGAAGGCAAUGAGUGUGUAGAGUCUGAAUCAUUUUUCAUUGCUUUUCCGCAGUGUCUGUGCGGCCUACAACCAUGCAUGAAUGUAAUGUGGUGUUUCCUUUACUUUGUCCAGGCAGCUUUGUUUACAAAUGCACUUGUUCAGACAAAUGUGCGAUCCUCAGAAGCCCCUUCAGAUUCCUUGAUCUGCGGAUCACAGCCACCGAAAACUGCAAAAAGACUGGAUUGCGAAGACUUGCACAAAGAAAAUAUGAACAUCGCCCGAUGCCCACAUGCAUUCCCUGUGUACAUCAGGGGACAGUUGGAGGAUAUUUCUGCCACUAACGACGUUCACUUCGUUACUCUACGCACAACCCUGGAAAUCGAAUGGAACGCGUCUCAUACAUCGGUGUUGAAUCCCUGCGCAAGGUCUGAAAAUAGCUCGGAUGGUGCUACAGAGUCGCGCCAGCCCGCGUGGAUACCGCAACUCUUCAUAUCUUCUUCACAGUCUGCUCAUUCAUUUCAGACUUCACCUGUUACAGAUCCAGUAAAAAUGAAUGCUACCACGGGCUUCAGUGUUCGACAGACACUAUCAACGAAACUUUGGUGCGAAACGUCGUUGCAACGCUAUCCUCUCGAUGUGCAUAUAUGCACAUGGUAUCUUGGUGCAUUCCAGGCACAAAACUACUCAGUAGAGCUGCACUGGGACACGGGAGCGUUUUCAGUUGCCAAUAGACAUUUGACGUCAGGAUUCAACGUGGCAGUUUCCUACAGACAUCAGUCAGUCGUGCGCUACAAGUCACUAGGCUACAGGGAAGUUUCUCGCCUGUCCGUCGUCGUCAAAGUGUCCCGGAAAAGUUCGCACGCCGUCCUCCUGAUCUUCGUUCCCGGCUUGUUCAUGGUAAUCAUCGCUUGGAUUUCCUUCUAUCUUCCCGACGAGCUGGGCGAAGGUCGUGUGCUGCUCUCGUUCCUGAACCUGGUCUGCACAGUGCAGCUGCUGCGCCAGCUGAAGACGGUGCCACACUCGGGCGUCGUGCGCAGCAUCGACGUCUGGAUGCUCUCGGUGCUGACGUUCGUCUGGCUCUCAGUGGUAGCCUGCUUCCUGGACCUCCGGUACGCGUUCCGAGGCCUGGAGCGCGAACAGCAAGAGUCGGUAGACGACGUGCUAUUCUUCUACCGGCAGCCAAAGCUGGCCAGACAGCUGGCCGAUGAGAGCCACCGCGAGGAGCGGCAGCGCGCCACCCGGCGUCGCGGGGCGCUCACCACAGAGAACGCGCCGCGCCGCUUCAGUUUCGCCCGUCGUCGGUCCACGUCUCCGGCGGCGAUGGCGGAGCGGCACGGGUUCGACCUGGACCGGCUGCGGCGCCAGUCCACCUGGCACGGCGACGACCUCUUCUGGGACGCCGAGACGGGCGAGUCGCCCGCCGGCGAGCGCGUCGAGUGGUCAGAGUUCUACCAGUGGGCGCACGAGCGACACGCGGCCCGGCGACGACCCGUCGAGGAGGAACUCGACGACGACGAGGGAUCCCAGUGGAGCGUCCAGUCGCUGCUCAAGAGCAUGUGGAGCAUCCGCAAGGAGUACCGCUGGCUCACGUGGUCCGACUACGUGAAGAAGUGUGUCGAGAUGAUGUACCCGGUGUUCUUCUGUGUGUUCUGUGUGACGUUUUGGAUCGUGUACGUGCACGACAGCUACCAUGACGAUGAGUCCUCUUCAACUGCUACCGAGGCGAAAGAAGAUUAUUUCACAGGUGUGUAGCCGCGAGAACGGGUGCCUUAUGUGGAUGACAAUGGGCGCAAGGUAGACUGCACCUGAAGGGUAUCAUACGAGCAUUUACGAUUCAGAUGCUCAAUGAUGACGGGUAACCGAGUCGAUGAAUACACCUGUAAUGAGGA